UCUCUAAGAUGGCGGCUGUGGCUGCUGCACGAGCAGUGUCUGUGGGCCCGGGGCUCCGGGACCUGAAACGAACGCUGCCUCUUGUAGUGAUUCUCGGGGCCACAGGGACGGGCAAAUCUACCCUAGCGCUACAGCUAGGCCAGCGACUUGGCGGCGAGAUCAUCAGCGCUGACUCUAUGCAGGUUUAUGAAGGCCUAGACAUCAUCACCAACAAGGUUUCUGCCCAAGAGCAGAGAAUGUGCCAGCACCACAUGAUCAGCUUUGUGGAUCCUCUCGUGACAAAUUAUACAGUGGUGGACUUCAGGAACAAGGCAACUGCUCUGAUUGAAGAUAUAUUUGCCCGAGAUAAAAUUCCUAUUGUCGUGGGAGGAACCAAUUAUUACAUUGAGUCUCUACUCUGGAAAGUUCUUGUCAAUACCAAGCCCCAGGAGAUGGGCACUAAGAAAGUGAUUGACCGGAAAGCUGAGCUUGAAAAGGAGGAUGGCCAUGAACUCCAUAAACGCCUAAGCCAGGUGGACCCAGAAAUGGCUGCCAAGUUGCACCCACAUGACAAGCGCAAAGUGGCCAGGAGCUUGCAAGUAUUUGAAGAAACAGGAAUCUCUCAUAGUGAAUUUCUUCAUCGUCAGCAUGCAGAAGAAGGUGGUGGUCCCCUUGGAGGCCCUUUGAAGUUCCCUAACCCAUGCAUCCUCUGGCUUAAUGCUGAACAGACAGUUCUAGAUGAGCGCUUGGAUAAGAGGGUGGAUAACAUGCUUGCUGCUGGGCUCUUGGAUGAACUAAGAGAUUUUCACAGACGCUAUAAUGAGAAGAAAGUUGCAGAAAAUAGCCAGGACUAUCAACAUGGUAUCUUCCAAUCAAUUGGCUUCAAGGAAUUUCACCAGUACCUGAUCACUGAGGGAAAAUGCACACCAGAGACUAGUAACCAGCUUCUAAAGAAAGGUAUUGAGGCUCUGAAACAAGUGACUAAGAGAUACGCUCGGAAGCAGAACCGAUGGGUUAAAAACCGUUUUUUGAGCAGACCUGGUCCCAGUGUCCCCCCAGUAUAUGGCUUAGAAGUAUCUGAUGUCUCGAAGUGGGAGGAGUCUGUUCUUGAACCUGCUCUUGAAAUCGUGCAAAGUUUCAUCCAGGGCCACAAGCCUGCAGCCACUCCAGUAAAGAUGCCAAGCAGUGAAACUGAGAACAAGAGGAGUUAUCACAUGUGUGACCUCUGUGACCGAAUCAUCAUUGGGGACCGUGAAUGGGCAGCGCAUAUGAAAUCCAAAUCCCACUUGUACCAUCUGAAGAAAAGAAGAAGGCUGGACACAGAUGCCAUCGCCACUAUAGAAAGUCAGAGUAUUUCCCCAGGCCAUGAUAAAGAGCAUAAAGAAAAGGGACCCCUAAGGCAGAAUGAUCAGAACGAUGAAGAGCUGAAAUCCUGCAUUUAAGGGACUUGUCCAGUGGCUUUUGGAAAGGUGGUAGGGGUCCAGUUCUCUCAUUCAGUGGUGUGUUUUUUUUGUUUGUUUUGUUUUGUUUUUGUCUUUUCUGCCUUUUCUAGGGCAGCUCCCACUGCAUAUGGAGGUUCCCAGGCUAGGGGUCUAAUCGGAGCUAUAGCCACCGGCCUACGCCAGAGCCACAGCAACGCGGGAUCUGAGCCGUGUCUGCAACCUACACCGCAGAUCACAGCAACACCGGAUCCUUAACCCACUGAGUGAGGCCAGGGACCGAACCCGCAACCUCAUGGUUCCUAGUUGGAUUCUUUAACCACUGUGCCAUAACAGGAACUCUAUCAUUGGUGUGGUUUUAAAGUCUCAUGUUCUCUGUCAUGGAAACAGCAGGUCUUGUUAGCUCCUUGUGUGGCUGAUGUGUCUGGUCUGGUAAUGAUGAAUUGGGGAAGGGAUUUUUUUUUUUUUCUUCUAAACUUAAAGGUUCUAUUUUUAAAAGAGGCACAGAUUGCACUUUUUUACACUUGAUCUUUUUGGUGAUGAAUACCAGGAUUCACUGCAUCCCUUAAAAAAAAGAAGUUUUAUGUACCUGACUCUGGCUAGAAAUACCUAAUUUCCAGACACUUUAAUAGGUGACUGAGUUAUUGUGAGCCACAAUUCAGGAGUUGUGGAUUUGAGUGAAUGGCAGGAAAGGAUCAGCCCCCGUGAGAUAAUUAAGUGAACCAAACCAAUUUUUGGAAUUCCUUUGAGAAGGAGAGAAUCAGACUGAAGUGGUUGUGACAUGGAACUUGAAAACUGAGGACUUUGACAUUUGUUGAGCUCCUCCUGUGUGGUAAUCACUACUCUCUAUUGAGUUAGGAAUCUAUAUUUUUAUUGAAAGUUAAAUAAAGGAAAAGUUUGCAAGA